CGGAGUAUGUUCAUGCUGUGGUAGCGUAAAACAACUUCUGUGGACUCAUUGCAUCUACUUUCAAACUUUCGGACAGUUGGCAAUGAUUCGAAUCAUGACGGCUGCUUUCACGUGCAAGCAUGUGCCAAUGCUCGUACCUGCAAUCAGAGCUCCACAGCUCCAUCUUCCCCACCACACAUCAUCCCGCAUCCUAGCAACCCACCACACGAGCAAGCACAGCAACAUCUCGACCUCGAAACGCACACUAUACACCGAAUCGCACAAACAAAACAAGCCCUUUCAACAUGCAUGACGAACAUCCACACCCGCUCCUCGCCCAGGUACCUUUGACAGUAUCCCCCUUCCUCUCGCUCCCCCACAGCGUCCCUCUUCCAUAUUCUUACGUCACUCUCCCCUCGACCCUCCCGCCGUCCAUUCUGCAACAGAACCAAUCGGACCCCUCUCAACCACCCCAAUACAUCCAGUCGGCAUCCGGGCAAACCGCGCACCCGGACCAGAUCCUGCGGUCCUGCACGGCGCUACAAGAACACCUCGCCAAACUCGAAGACGACGCACGGAAGACGCUGAGUGUGUGGAAGGAGAAGAAAGAGAGGGAGGAGCUUGCAGAGAAAAGGCGCGUUGCGCCCGGAUGGUUGGAUAGCGGGGUGCACAUGCUGAAGCCAGAGAAUGUGGAGGCGGAGAGGGCGGUGAAGGCGCAGCAACAGGGCUUGAUGGAUGCUGGGGGGCCGCAGCAAACACACCAUGGCCAUCAGCAGGGGAACAGGGAGGCGGAGGAGCUGGACAGGGUCUUUGGGGGGUUGAAUGUCAAGUGAGAAAGGGGGUUGUGCUUUGAUUUGGUUUGAGCGAGGAGUUCGGUGUCACGGUCCAUAGUUUCAGCAUGGGAGAUGCUCGUCAAGUCGUCAUUGUUCGUUUAUUCGUCACGCAUCAUCUCCACUCGCCCUCUUCUUCCACCCUUCGCCUUCCUCCUCACCUCUCCACCCGAGACAUGAUCAGCAAACGAACGGCCGCGGU